GUAUUUAAUGUAUAAGAAUACAAAUCUCAUUUGACAGAUUAGAACGGCGGAGCUUCGGUGGCACUCCGAACCAAAAGGUGGCGGUAGUGCAUAAGAGAGCUUGUCCCAGCCGCCACGACGAGACCUGAAGAAGAAGACAACAGCAGUCAAGCUAUAGCAUGACAAACAAGACAAGACUCGUCAUUCUGGACCACCAUAAGUUCGUAUCUGUUAUUUAAGGACCGACAACAUCCCUGCAGCCCCUAUGAAACGCAAGGCAUGGCAGAGACACAGGACAAUGAGGUGGAGGAGGCCGAUCACAUCUACCUGUUGAUGAAGGAAGAAUAUCGAAUAUCCAGGAACGUGCGUUUGGCCUGGUUUUUGGGUAAGCUCAACCAAGUCAUCUGGCCCGCCUCCAGGCCAGAGCUGCUGAACUCUGACAACGAGUUAGACUUGCUGAGUAUAUUACCCAAAGGAUGGCAGCAAGACUUCUCGGUAUCCCCCCAUCCCUCCAUGUUGAUGCCUUCCACUCGUGCCACCUUCCUGGCCCGCAGGUACCGCUUCAUCAUCGAGAUGGACCUCAGCCCCUCCACAGGGAUUGUGGAUGACAGCACAGGAGAGAUGAUAUUUGAUGAGGUGUUUCACGCCUUGUCGAGGUGUCUGGCUGGUCUAGUUCAACCCUUCAAGGUUCCCGGAACCGAUCAGCUAUUCAAGCCAAAGAUUUUCAUCACUAUCCUGGUGUAUUCGUCCAUUUUUGGCCUUGCAUCCCAUCAGGUUUUGGUGCAGGGCUGUCAGCUGGACCGAACGGACCUCGGUGAGUUUCUGCAUCACAUCUACCAGCAGCUCAAAGCAGUAGAGAGCAACAUUGCGGACGUCCUGAAUCAGCAGCACGAAGCGCCAAGUAGUGUGGAGUCAGGCCAAAGCUCAGGUCUCCAUAGCAACAACCUGGACGAGCAGCCUCACAGGCGGCAGGGCAUCUCUAUGGUGUCAGCGGACAUGGGACUGGUUAGCAUGGUGCGCCAAGGCAUCCUAGCCCUGCAGCUGCUGCCACCCAACUCCAGUGCGGGCAUCAUCAUCAUCACAGAUGGCGUGAUGAGCGUUCCUGAUGUUGUCGUGUGUGAAACGCUGCUGAAUCAGUUACGAAGUGGAACCAUCGCCUGCUCCUUUGUGCAGGUGGGCGGGGCCUACUCCUAUGACUGCAGUUUCGGCUACAUCCCCAACGUGGAGCUCAUGAAGUUCAUCUCGCUCGCCACUUUCGGCUCUUACCUCCCCAGCUGUCCUCAGCUGGACCUGGACAGCCAGGAGAUGAACGCCUACCACAAGGCCUUCCUGACCUACUCAUUCCUCAAGUCCCCCGAGUCCAUGAACUCUGAGUACUUCUGCGUUUCCCAGCACAAGCUGUUUAACGAACACCUGGUGUCAGCGAGUGGGAACCCGGCGCUGGUCAUGAGGAGGAAGAAGCAUACGGAGAAAGAAGUCCAUGCUUAUUUGAUCAGCGUGGUAUCUGUGCGGCUGAGAGAGGGCUACACCAUCCGAGAGAUCAGCCUCACGAAAGGUGGGACCCAGCUGGAGGUCAAGCUGGUGCUGCUGUGGAAGCACAACAUGCACAUUGAGUACCUGGCAGCUGCUUCCUGGCCGCUGGACCCCAACAAGCGCACCACCCGGGUGGAGGUCACCAUGGAGGGAAGCUAUGACAUCCUGCACGAUAUCAGCUGCACGCAGAGAAAGCCCAUCACCAGCCCCUACCGCACCUCCGUCAUCCGCCGCUUCUGGAACACACUGCAGAGCAUCAACCAGACGGAUCAGAUGUUGGUGCAUCUGCAGUCCUUUAAUUCCAUACCGGAGAACUACACCAUUCCAGAGAGCACCAAAAACGGAGUUCCUCUCUUCUACAUCCCUCCUGGUUCGACCACCCCGGUUCUUUCUCUGCAGCACAGCAGCUCCAAAGACUCCUCCCAGUCCCAGUUCGCCUCCUACUGGAAGCCCAUCCUGUCCAUGGAUGCCAACUUUUGGCAGAGAUGGCUGCACAUGCAUCGCAUCACCAUCAUCCUGGAGCAUGACCUGCCUGUGCCCAAACACCUUCACACAGCUGGCAACAACGGCCGCUACAGCACCAUCCAGUGUCGCAUCUCCCACUCUGCGCUCACAUCUCUGCUGAGGGACUGGAGCAGCUUCGUGCUGGUGGAGGGAUACUCUUACGUCAAACUCAUAUACAGUUCACCUGACCAGCCUCCCACCUCCUUCUAUCUGGUGCGUCUCAUUUCCAAGACCCCCUGCAUGGUGCUGAGACUGGGCUUCCCAAUUGGAACGGCAGCACAUGUUCGAAACAAGAUUGUGGACGAGCUCAGAGAGCAGAUCCUCAAGCUGCGCUUCCCACAUCGCGUUCAAAACAAAGAGGCCACACCGAAGACCAAGCGGAAGGCCGUGGGACACCCCUCGCCAUCCAAGUCUCCCUCCCUCUCCGCUCCCAAGCAGGCAUUGUCAGACCGGCCGUGUGUGGUGGUACUCAACAAGCCACUGGAGAAGCUGCUCAUCAGGUACGAGAAGCUGCCGCUGGACUUCAGGACGCCCUUCAUUCUAAGUAUGGAGAACUCUGCGCAGCCCUCCAGCGGCACAGGGCCCCUCAACGUGGCAGCCAAUCGCACCGCCUCGUCCACACUGGCGUCGCUGUCCCGCUACUUCCUGCACCGACGCUGGGUGUGGGCUGUGCAGAGCAGCCAAGGCCCGGCAGUGGCCAUGCAAGCGGUCGCCCACAUCCUGUCCAUGUUGUCCGAGAUCCGCCUGUCGGAGGGUUUUCAUUUUGCUGCCAGUGGAGACGGCAUCGUCAACAUGGUCAUCGAGCUGCCAAUGAAAGGCAUGUCGACCGAAUCUGACCGAGAGAGUCACUCUUGUAUUGUUCAGUACGUCCUCUUCCCCCCUCACGCUACCUCCACCAAGGACAGCUUCUCCACAGACGAUGACAAUGACACAGAGGUGGAGCCCGUGGACGUGGAUGUGGAGCUGAACCUGGUGACUGAGUGCUGGGUGGAGCCUCAGAGCGGCACGGUGACCAACUGCUUGGAGCAGCACCGCCACCUGCAGGGCCUCCGCUACCAGGAAGUGCCUCAAGCGAUCUUCCCCAGAGAUUUAGCAUGUAUGUCCACCAUGAUGACGUUUGAGUACCUCAGCCAGUUAUGCCAGAACAAGGACCAGGUGUGUUCUUUGCCUGCUGGACUGAAGGACGUAAGAGGAGAACCUUCCACUUCAGAGGAGAGCAUUCACAUGGUUCCCUUCCAGUUUGAUCUCAUUGAGCUACUCCCAAAGUGUCAGCAGGUGGAACUCUUCUUCCUCACAUUCAGCACCGAAGUGGAGCUUGAGGAGCACCUCCGUAGCGCCCCCUGCUUGCCCAACGAGAUUCUCCUCAGCCUCUUCCACUGCAGCCUGGAGCAGGAGCUCAGCGACAGAGAGAUCCCCUUAUCCCAUGGCGACCAUGCCGCCUUCAUGCACCACAUCCUGGAACGAGAACGGGACGGCCACUGUGCUCCUUUUGCCCUUCCUGUCAUCAAAGAAGAGUUUGUGAAGCUUCCAGACAGACAGGAAGUGAUGUCUGCAUUCCACACCCCUGGCAGCAGUAGAGAGAUGAUGGGAUCCACUAGCACUUUACAAAGUUUCACUAAUGCAGACCUCGUGGAUGAGGAGCCUCUGAUGGGGGGACGGAGCUGCUCUGUGCCCCAGUGGAGGUGCUAUGCCAAGCACAUUAGUUCCCAGCAGAUCUUACUCACCUUCCUGCCAGCCACCUUCACAGAUGUCCUGAUGUUGAUGUCAUCGAGCUCGGAGGUGGAUCCUUUGAGUAAUGUCAGCACACAGGAAGACGACACUUUGACGCCCAGCAACAAGUCACAGGCCGACUCGCUGUCAGGUUCCAUCAGUGGACUCGAUAGGUUCGAGUCCAGCCUCGGUCUGGCUAUUAAGAUGAGAAGGAGCUCCAGCAGCGGCCACUUCAGCGCCAGGUCACCCUUGCUCUCGCCACGCUCUGAGGGUCAGCCAGGACCUGUUGAUCCCCUGUUACUGGACCGGGACUGUUGGGACAGCAGGGUUUUGGAAACGGAGCCUGGAACGCCGAGCUCAGAUCUGGGGGAAAAAGUUCAUUUCACAGAACCACAGAGGUCUGAUCUGCACAGCAGCUUCAGCCGGCAACUGUCUCAGCAGAGCAUCGGCAGCCAGCUGAAGUGUCCCGUCUACGUGUACAACUGCUGCCUGGAGCUCUUGAAGGAGCAGCUGGUCCACCCCGGCACCAAUCGCCAGCCUAGAGAUGUCUUCUUCAGACCUCAAGAGGCUCAGUUCUGGCAGAUGUCUCAGCAGAUGAAGUUCAGGUCGCUGUCUCAGGACCGCAGUAGUCCCUCACCAUGGACCGACCUCCUGGCACACCCUCACAAACACAAAGAGCUGGCCCACUACUGCAGUCUGCUGCAGGAGCAUUACCAGCAGUGCUUUGCCAAAGGUGUCUAUCGUAGCCUGCAGCAGUCCUACAGCAUCAGCUCCCAAGAUGUCCUGAUGGCCAUGGACUACUGUGAAGAAUCUCUGCAGGAGAUCGACGUCACCUCUUUCCUACAGACCCUCUGUGGACACAUCAGGGUCUUCAGGGAGAAUGGCCAGGUGGAGACCUGGCCUCAAAAUGCAAAGCCCACAGGGAGGUCUGCAACCUUCAUCAUUGGAGAGGUUGAGGAAGAAAGGCCUGGUGCCAAGUCUGCCGUAGCCUCCUUGUCCAGCUUUGAGAUGGAAGAUUCCAGUGAAGUUGAAGCUCGAGGACCAGUGCCUGUAUCCUCAAUAAUUGUGGAUGAGUCCAAGACAUCCAGGCUCCCAGUGUUCCCUCUGGAGGUGCUCCAGACGCAUCCCACCUGUGACAUGAGUCCAGAUGUGCACAAAAUAAUCCAGGAGAAAUUCAUGGGGAUUGUGUCCCAGUAUUUCAAACCUGUGCCUUCCAAUCCACAUUACUACUUCUACUGCCCGCCAUCGUCCAAGAAAGAGGAGGACUCAGAGGAUGGUGAGAUGGAGGAAAGGCCCAGCGAGGAGUUGCUGUCAGAAGCCGAGCAAGCUACUGAGGAAGAAAUAACAUCCGGGGGCGGUGUCACGACAGAGAGCGACAACGACUUGGUGGUGGAGUACGAGGACCACCCUGGCACCAGGACCCACACGGGUGGCGACGGCAGGUCGCACUCUGACUCAAACACCGUCAAUCCAGACCAGGACUCUUUUAGCAUCCUGGAUGGAGACUCCUUGCUGGAGGCGGAGGGGCGGAUGCUCGACAUGCCACCGCUUUUCCUACAUGUCACCUGUUCCGUCAACGCCAAGAGCUGCCAUGGCUCCACCCCCAUUCGCACACUGCCCACCUGCCUUGGUGAGAUAAUUUCCUGCCUGGAUGACGCAGAGGCCUUACAGUCUGUGGACCUGAAUGAGCUCUCGGUCACGUUGGACAUCUUUGUACUGACUCUUCCUCUGGAAAUUGAAGUGAUGGGUGACUUUCAUCACAACAGGUACACCUCGGAGAGCAGCGUGUCUUUGAACCGCUCUCCAGCACAGCCGUCAUCUUAUCGGUCCGACGAGGAGCUGACAGCCGUGCUGGAUGGCCUGAGGGGAGCUGACGUGGGCAUGGUCUGUGGUGAACCUUUAUCCAAGCUGCCACUUCCUCAUAAGCUGGCAAUUGAGGCUACAAUGGACGAGAUCCGCUGGCUGCUGGAAGAUGAGAUCGUUUCCACCAUGCGCCGAUCUCAAACCAUUGGCCUGGCCACACUACACAAAGUGGCGGAGCACGUCAUGCUGUCGGUCGGGCGUCCACACUGCCACAGUGAAGAUGUUCCCCUUCAGUUUGUCUUUCGGCCGGAGCAGUCACUGGACAAAUUCAAAGAGGAGUUUCGUCGGAUGCCACUCUCAGGCUAUGUGCUCAACAGUGAACAGGACAGCUUCUACUACGUGUCUCUGAGCCGGCUGCACCCUCAGAGGAUCCACACCGACAAGAGGAUGUCUGAGAGCACAUCUGUCCCCCUCCAGCAGGCCGGCUCUAACGGUGGGCUGCCUCAGGAAGAGUCCCUCUUGGAGAGUGCGACCACAGAGACAGGCGAUGGGGCCAACGUCACACAUGACUCGACCACAGAGCUUGGUGAGAAGGACGGACCCUCCAAGUCUGACGCUGACAACGACUCACAGAGUCAGUCCAGUAGCCUCCUACUCCUGAAUGAGCGCUGCCCCGAGCCCACCUCACCACCCAAGACCCCCUCGAGCGUCAGCCUGGCUGAGUCGGUGCAGUCGGUCUCUCACAACUGCGGCAAGACCAGGCCCAGUCGAGUACAGAGUGUCGUUUCCAGCCAAGGAAGUUUGGAUUCCGACAUGCAGGGUUACGAUGGUGGCAGCAGCGACUCUGAGUGCGAGAGUCCCACCCUGGAUGAACAUGAGAGUCGGACGCAUCUGAUGCCUGACUUCUGGCUUAUCGUGAAGAUCCACCAAGACCGAGUCAAGGUCUAUUCGCAUUCUAGGAGUCUCAGCGAAGAACAGGAGCCUAGCAACAAGGAGCUGGAGACCAGAGAGGACAAGCAGGAGCUGCCCGAAUAUUUACAACUGCAUCAGAUGGUGGUGAGGAAGAUCGGGGAACUCUGUCGAAUAGUCAAUCAGCGCAUGCUGCUGCAGGACUUGCACGACAGCCACAUGUGCAACUCCCUGUUGGUGGCCGAGAGCGAGGAAGACAUCUGGAAGAACGAAUCUCUGUACAGGCAAAAGCGCAACACAUCAGACGAUUACCACACAGAGGAGAGCUACCAGGCCAGAGACUAUCUGGCAGCCACCAUGCAGUUCAUACCAGGCCAUUUUGCCUGCGAUGUGGUGUGGAGCACCAUCAUCCACAUCCAUCCACGCCUCAAGAUGGGUGCCAACAUGGGGGUUUCCAGAGCCAUCCAGGCACUGCGCUCUGUGCUCAUCUCUUUCUGGGUGGUCAACAGGAAGAACAUGUUUGUUUACCAGGAGCGCACCACCAAAUCGGUCUUCUACCUCAGACUUUAUGAGACGUCUCUGGCAGGGAAGUACUCAGACAUGGAUGGUGUCCUCCACAUGAAUCGCUGCAUCGGCCUGGCAAGGAGUCAGGAGCCGCUGUUCUCAGAGGACCUCAUGGGUUCCAGGUCGUCUCUUGAAGGUUCUCGUCCGGUGGGACAAGUGGACAAGCACAUCCUUCUGCUGGUGCAUGGCAUCGGCAACGCCGGUCCAGAGAUUACGGACGAGCUGGUGAAGGUUCUGCGUAAACGCCUGGACGAGACCACGCUGGACCUCAUCACUAUGACGCUGGUCAGGAAUUGCAAGCUGACGCCAGCUGACGUGGAGUUCAUCCAACCAUCGGGCUCUCCCGCCACAGAGGUCAUGACUUUCAGCCUUCCCCAGUUCUGUCUUCCCUGGGUGUCCGCUGUAGCGCACUACCUGCGUCAGAACCUGCUCAUCUUCCUGCAUGUGCCCAAGUACACGGACAGCAACACGGCACACCAUUUCAAGCACUGCUUUCAUUCGGGCACUGAAGCAGCUGAUGGCGACAUCUACCUGUACAACAAGCCUGGGGGUCAGGGCACAGGACGCAAAGGUAUUGCCUGCAUCACACUGACCUUUGUCGAUGCCAGCGGGCGACCCCUUCAAGUUCCAGCUCAGGACUGUGGCGCCCCACAGAGAUCUGAGAACGGCUCUGUUCCUCUUCAUCCCAGCCAGUUUGACCAGUUGACCAGUGUGGUGAAGGUGGAGAGCAGCCGGAUUCGAGAGACGCACUUGUUGGUGCGCUUCGAUGUCUGGGAGCAAGGCAACGUCAGCCCUUCGCAGCUGGCCGAUAAACUGCAGGGGGCGCUGCGCCACGCCCUCUGUGACGUCAUCAUGGAGCUGAGGGUCUUGCCCAAUCCUCUCUGCGUGCCGUGUAUUGCCACCAAAGCCCAAAAGGAAGAGGUCAAAGGCUUGUUGAGUCUGGCUGAGAUCAAGGAUGUUAAGGACAGUCCCAGACAGCGCAGUGGGUCACGGGUCUUUAAGAGCAGCCCCUCCCCCAUCACCUUAACACAAGGUGGCACCAUGACAGGGCCCAGCACACCCGAGUCCACCACCCCGACCGGAAAGAGCACACGCCGCAGCUUCUGGGACAUACUGCAGAGUAAACCUGAGUCCUCUGAGCUGGGAAGCCCAAAAACGACUGACGACAUUGUACAAGAAAGAGGAGAGGAGGGACGUGUUGCUCGCCGAAGGCACAAGACCGAGAGUGUGAAGCACCCGUGGUGCCAAGAGAAAGUCAGCGAAUUAGAGCACGCACAGAGGAGGCAGGCGUGUCAAUUGGAGGAGGGUGAUGCCGGUGCCCUGCAUCCCGUCUAUCAGCUCACCUCCCAGCCUUGGAUCUCCUUCAUGGCUGAACUUGGCUGCCCCUCCAUUCAGCAGUGCACGGCUGAAAUCGCCUCUCACUUCCUGCUGCCGUCCAUCCUGGCGGAGGUGGUCAGUCUGGUCAGCUCUCUGGCCAAUGACACCAGUGUCAAGGUCUUUGCCAAGACAAGCUGCCCAGCAUCUGGAGACACAUUUGUACCUUCCACCUUGGUCCAAAACACGUGGCUGAGUCCUGAUGCUUCCAGGAGCUUUAUUCUCAUUGGGAGAAACUUCCACCAGUGGCACUGCAGCACAGAACAAGCCGCAGACGACAGUUCUGAGGAGGAAAACAUGCCUUCACUAAAUAGGUUCACACCUCACAAGGGCUUCCAGCGCUUUGAGGCCUCAGAGCAGCAGGUCGACUGCUUGAGUUUUGGCCAGGCCGGGUCAGUAGCUCCCCGGCAGAGGUUCCUCUUCAUCAACAUCCUGGACAAAAAGGUGACGCUGUACAGUUAUAACUGGUCUGUGGACCUCGGUGCCUCCCUGAACCGUGAGCUGAUUCGACUGGUAAAGUGGCAGAACGCGAGGGCCCAUGUGGUCCACUGUCUGCUCAGCCAGAAGAUGGGCCUCUUCCAUCACCAUUGCUUCUCCGACACACCGCUCCAUGACAUGGACUCCAAGCGGGAUCCGAACCCCUUCCUUGGGCCUGCCAUGGAGCCGGACACGCUGCUGCGGAGUCCUGUUCCUCCGCUGCACAGCAAAGAGCAAGGCAGGCUGUCUGGUUCGGGCCGAAGUCUAGCUCCUCUCCACUUCCCCUCCGAGCUGCUGCCGUUUGAUGAGGCUCUGAGGGACGUCUGCACUAUCCGACCCUUGAUGGAGGGCGACGCUGUGGCCCGACAUGGCGGCCAGCUCUUGGAGAUCAAAGUGGCCGAGCGAAGAGAACUCGAGAAACAGAUGAAGAUCGAGAACCUGUUUGUCACAUGGCAGCAGAGGUCAGCUCAGUCCAACAUGCCCAUCGCGCUGGCCGACCUUGAGACCUUGAAGCAGUCAUCCAGGCUGGUCCAUUACUGUGCCACGCCGCUCCUGUUUGACCCCAUCUUUCGCAAGCAGAUCCAAGAGGAACAAGCAGUGCCACCGCCAGCGAAGAAGCGGCAUCGGUCCAACGACUCCACAGCAUCAGGCCGCGACCGUAGCUACAGCACUGACUCUGCUGACAUGCUGCCCAGUCGACUGAAGGAGGAGCCGUGGCUGCUGGACAUCUCCAGCACCUUCCUGCAGCGGUAUGUGCAGUACCUGCAGAGCAUGGGCUUCAUCCUGGUCCAGGUGCGGCCCCAGUCCCCGGCACGCAGCAUCGCCCGGGCUCGCGCUGCCAUGCUGAGCUCUAUGUCAUCAGAGGGGAGGAUGUCUUUUUCUUAUGUGAAGCAGAAGAGCGAGGACAGCCCCAAGACCACGGUGUCCGCUACCACUGCGUAUCACCUCCAGAGGGCACUACCAGGUGGAAUCGUGUUGAUGGAGCUAGCAUUUCAGGGAUGCUACUUCUGUGUCAAGCAGUACGCACUGGAGUGUUCCCGCAUUCCCAUGGGACAGUCCGUCAACUCCCAGGGCAGCCUCCUCACCAAACCUCGUUGCAAGCCGUUCCCAGACGCCACCCCAGUAUCUGACUGUGCGCUCUCCAUGCUCUUCACUGAGGAGUGUGACAAGGUGCGUGACCUGAUGCACGUGCACUCCUUCAGCUACGACUUCCACCUGCGGAUGGUGCACCAGUACCUGGUUGGCUCCCACAUGACUCUGCGCCAGGGCUACCAGCUCACAGACUUCCUCAAUGACUUCAUCUUGCAGCAUCCCGACAUCCCCAAGUUUGGACGCAACCAUGUCUUCCAAGGAAGCUUCUCCAUCUCCACCGGGAUGAUAACUGCCCACCAGCUGUACAACUACAUCACCGACCACACCAGCACCUACGGCAUGAAGCCCCUACGCAUGUCCAAGGCCGCUGUCCCCACCGAUGCAAAGAAGGCAACUCCUGACCUGCACGAGUACGCACUGGUGGCGCUGUGGAACAGCUCCGGCUCGUACAAGGACUUGGAGGGUCUCCAUCACCAUGACGACUUUGACGUGUCCCUGGUGGUGUGCCACAAUGCUGCGCCCUUUGAGGAUCAGUCGGAUGGGGAGAGGCACUUGCUGAGGCUGCACUUCUACGUGAUCAUGACCAGCCGGAGGGAGCUCUUUCCUCGACUCACCGCUGACAUGAGACGAUUCAAGAAGCUUCCUCAGAUCCACCGUGAUGCCAGUGAGCCAGGCAGCCGCCUUCCUCCGGAUCGGGCGGAGGCCUGCAGCUCUCUUGGAGGCGAGCAGGACCUCUGGGAGGAUACCUCGUCUGAGGCUGCAGCCACCUCCACACCCAGCGACGGCAAUGAGUUUUAUCCACUGGUGGCCGUGGCCAAGCCUCAGGGGCUGCUGUACCCCUCCCCUCUGUUUCCCUUGCUCAACAACGAGGUGGCGGCCGCCCGCCGGCAGAUCCAGGCCAGCGUGGAGGAGGCCAUGGGUCACUGCCGCAGGGACAACCAGUGGAGGAGGCUCCUCCACGGUGAGCACCUGGCGAUGGACAAACUCAAGCUGACCAAGUUGACUUUCAGCGAACUGGAGGAGCUACUGGAGGCCGUCCAGAGCCGUUCGGUGGGGGAGAUUGACCCCCAGCUGGACUGCUUCCUGAACAUGAGUCCAGCCUGGUACCAAAGUCUCAUCAAAGUUCUGCUCAGCCGAUUCCCACAGAGCUGUCGGCAUUUCGACGACAGCGGCAUCCAGUAUCUGGCCGUUCUAAACCACAAGUUCACUGACUGCUUUGUUUUGGUCUUUCUGGACUCCCAAGCUGGAAAAACGAGCUUGAAGGUCGUGUUACGAGAGCCUCUGCCCCCUCAGCCGCAGGAUGGCAGCAGCCCCCCUCCCCAGCUGGUGUCCAUGUACCACCACCUGGAGUCGGUCAUCAACACAGCCUGCUAUAACCUGUGGACCGGACUCUUGUGACAGUCUGAGCACGCAAGUAGGAGUCUUCAAGAAGCCUUGACUGCUAUCUUAGCUUUUUCAUCAUGCGUGCAAAAUUACAAACUUGGGGGACAUUUAAAUCAUCUUGUGACUGUCUUUUGGCUAGCUAACAUUAUGCUAAACUGCUAAAAGGCAUUUUUACAUGUAUGGAACACACACAUUGUGCACACUCCUGAGAGGUGCCGCUGAUGAAUUAGGGCAGGGGUCGGAAACCUUUUUUGGCUAAGGGUGCCAUGAAAUCCACAUAUUCUAAAAUGUAUUUCCGUGAGAGCCGUAGAAUAUUUUUUGAAACUCUGAAUACAACUAAAUGUGUGCAUUUUUAGACAUGACCAACAAUUUUAGAAUCUAAUAAGUAUCUGCAUUUAUUUUUUAAUAGCUAUAUCUUCUUCAAGUGUUUGCUUGAUAGAAUUAACAAGCUGAGAAUUUUACUUCCUGACCUCUCAAUGACCUGGUAGGUUACCGCAUUAUCCAAUUAUAAUUGUGUUUUGGCAUCUGACCUGGAAAAAUAUCAGAAGGAGAUUGCAUUGGCUCUAGCCAAAAUUAAUUAAUUAAAUACAUUAUAAUGUUUCAUAUUUAAUGUUAAUGUUAUUUUUAACACUUUGAAUUCUACAAUGUUUUACUUUAUGUCAGCAGGAGAAAAAAAAGAACAUUUAAAAAAUGUUAUAGUGUUAACAAAUGUGCAAGAGCCAGAUGUAGAGCCAUAGGUUCCCGACCCCUGAAUUAUGAAUUCUUUUGGUCCCAAAGUCAGGAUGGACUUUUUGAGAAAAGCUUCAUCCAGCUGCGGCGUGACUGAUGAGGUGUAAAAAGCUUUGCAGCUUUGGACUCCACACUUCGGACUGACAGACUCUGUGAUGAAAUGGAACACUUUACUGGUGCCUUGUGAAAUACCACAUCGGUGUUUGGUCUCAGAUUUGAUUCCCAGGCUUGUCAAACCUGUUGCAUGCGUCAUGUGACCUCAAGUGCCUUUUUUUAAAGUUUUUUCAAAUGGACUUUUAACUCCCCAACUUUGCCACGUGAUUGAUGAAGCGCAGGGAGGCAAACAAACUUAAGGACAAUGGUCACAUUUGUGUGACGCUCACAUUAGGAUGUCAAACACUGGAGAUCAUGUGACAGGUGCGGAAAUGAACAUUGUACAUUGUCCUACAUAGCGUGUAUAUACAGGCCAAUAAAUCACACAAAAUAAACUUUUUGGUUCUUUCCAAAAAGUUUAACCGUGACAUUUUGAUUUCAUUCAUUAUUGUUAAAAAUGCUGUGACGUCACUUCCGUUUGGUCCAGUAAUCCUUCAGCCAACCCAAACCCUCCUGUGUGCUUCCUGGGAGAAGACAGUUAACAGUUAAUGUCACAUUGGAGUCCAAAGCGGGUGGAUCAAUCCUGCCUACCUCGUGGCUUGUACUCGCAGCCCACGUAACCCUGGUAGCCCAGCUCCUCCAGCGUGGUAAAGAUGUAGUCGUAGUUAAGCUCUCCAGGGCUGUCUGGCUCGUUCCUGCCCGGAACCUGAGCCACUUGAAUGUGACCUGAGACACACCGAGAAUGAUCUGCACAGCUGUAGUCCACCUUCACCAUCAAUAUAGUGAUAUACUGACAAUAUGUUUUAUGCAAAAAAAAAAAAAAAAAACGCCUUCAAAGAAAAUUGUCAAACAAAAAGAAAUGUUCAAAUAUUCGGAGGAACAAAUGCCAUACUGUAAAUAAGUGGUGGUUUACUGUAUUUUAGAAUUUAUUUGAAAUAUUGGUUAUCCCAGCUUGCAUUCCAAUUGUCUUACGAUUAAUGGGCAGAAAAUCCAGUCAUAAAUGGGAGAAUGAACUCUUACUUACCAAUCAGUGGUAAAUACUUCCGCAUGUUAUGUGUCAGGUUGCCAUCCAUGAUUUGCCAAUGAAAAACAUCCUAAGAGUUUGUUUGUUAACAUCGUCUCUGCAUCGCUUUGACAAAUAAAUACAGAGAGAGCUCA